AUGGUAUCAAGAAGGUCAAGACUUCAAGACUGUUCACAUCAAACAAAAUCAGUUCAGAGCUGUGAUGGAGUAUCAGAACUAGACAGCUACAAAUCAAGCAGUACACACAAUUUCUGUCUUAUAUCACCAUCCAAGAGAAACAGAGCUGAAAGUGUUGCCACAGGUCAACUGAGCUUCUAUGAAACUUUUCAUCCUUUGCACUCUCUUCCCAAAAUGCAUGACUUGUUACCACUACAACUGCUGGAGGAGGACUCUGCAAAGCUGAGCCUGAAGGUGGCUGCACAACGAGUGUCCUUGGCAGGCAGCACUGGAGCUCCAGAACCCAAAGACAUACCCCAUGAUGCUGAGGUUUAUAUUUCAACUGGAGAACCCUUUCUCUGUCCCUUCAAGAAAAUUUCAGACUGUCUGUCAUUAAUGAAGAAAGUCUCUUGGACAGUGAGUGGCCUGGUCCUUCAUAGUGGUGUCAGGCAAAAGGAAACCAAAGUUGUCAUUGUUAACUGCAUGUAG